GAGAGUGUAUGUGUGUAGGCUACUGUAUGUAUGUGAGUGUGUGUGUGUGUGUGUCUGUUAUAGUGAGUGAGGCUUGAGGAGGGAGCGACAGACCAGGAGGAGAGUGGACUGAGAGAGCAGCACAUUGUUCACACUCGACUCAAGACAAUAAUCCGUGUUUACACCAGGGAAUAGCAACAAGGGAAUACAUCAAAGAUAGCGAGUCUGACUACUUCACCAUUAUGUCCGCUCCUGACAACUGCUCGUUGUAUCUAAUGGUUGACAAAGAUGAAUGGCUUUGUCCUCCUGGGGAAAAGUGUACCAACCAGACCUCUGGGGUGAGCGGCAGCCACAUGGAUCUGGAUGAUGCAUGUCUGACAAAGUACCUGGAGGAAUAUCUGGGUCCUCGUCGGUCAUCUGUGUUCCUUCCCGUGUGCCUCAUCUACCUGGUCAUUUUCAUGAUAGGUGUGGUGGGGAAUGUGCUUACAUGCACUGUCAUUGCACGCAACAAAGUGAUGUGGACGCCAACAAACUACUACUUGUUCAGCCUGGCAGUGUCAGACCUGCUGGUGCUGCUGCUUGGCAUGCCAUUAGAGCUGUAUGAGCUGUGGCAGAACUACCCUUUCCUCCUGGGAAAAGGUGGCUGCUACUUUAAAACAUUCCUAUUCGAGACUGUUUGCUUGGCCUCCAUCCUCAACGUGACGGCGCUGAGUGUGGAGCGUUACAUUGCUGUGGUGCACCCGCUACGAGCAAAGUAUGUUGUAACACGCACCCAUGCCAAACGGGUCAUCCUUACAGUGUGGGGUGUGUCCGUGUUGUGUGCUUUGCCUAACACAAGUCUGCAUGGGAUCUACAUCCUUCAAAGUCACUCCACCAGCCCUGCUGGAAACAUAACCUUGGACAUCCCUGACUCAGCGAUCUGUAUGCUGGUGAAACCGCGCUGGAUGUACAACCUGACCAUCCAGGUGACCACCUUGCUUUUCUUCUUUCUGCCCAUGCUCACCAUCAGUGCUCUCUACAUGCUCAUCGGGCUGCAGCUGAAGCGGGAGAAGAUGCAUCAGGCACUGGAGGCGAAGACGGGCUUUGGACAGGACAGCUUCUGUAACAUCAGAACACAGCAGCAGAAGGCACGUCGAAGGCAGGUCACUAAAAUGUUGUUUGUUUUAGUGGUGGUUUUUGCAAUCUGCUGGGCCCCGUUUCACACUGACCGCCUCAUGUGGAGUUUCAUCAAUAACUGGACUGACAACCACCGGGAAAUCUUCCAGUAUGUGCACAUCAUCUCUGGAGUGUUCUUCUACCUCAGUUCAGCAGUCAACCCAAUCCUGUACAAUCUUAUGUCCACACGCUUUAGAGAAAUGUUCAAGGAGGUCAUGUGCCAUCGGCCACACCACAUCACUCCCAGGAAACACUCGCUCAGUGUCACCCGGGUGACGCUCCGCAGCACCCUAAGUGAUGCGCCGUUCAGCAACGGAGCAGCUGUUGUUGAAGCCGAGGCAGAAGAUGGAGAAGUAAGGAUGAAAGAUGAGACCACUUUUACAUGUUAAACAAAAACUUGGGUUUGUCAAGGGGGACACAUUGUUGGUAGGAGAGUAUGAUGUUUAGAAACACUGUCCCGUUCGGAGCCACCGCAUCCAUCAACUGUCAUCAACAUCCACUUUGAGCAGGUGCAUUAUAUAACAACCUAAAAUAGUCUGAGUGGAAGGAAUCCAGAAAAAAAGCUGUAAGACUGCAGUGUAAGUGUUAAUAUGCUGCUUUUCAAAAACUUUAUUUGAGCUCAGCAAAUCACAUUCUGAGGCUGAACUGCAAACUUUUUCAAACACACUUGAGCAGGUUUAGAUACACAUUCAAACAAUUUCUUAAUGAUGGAGGAAUCUACACUAGAAUGUCAUCUUAAGUUCAACAAUGUAAAGAAUAUCCAAUGUUACAAUAGGACAGAAUAGAAUAAACUGUAUUGACCAAGAGGGGACAUUUGUCUUGGGCACAGUGUUCAAUGUAUGAAAGCCAUUUCAAAGAAAAGAAAAAUCUGGGCAAACAUUUUGGUUUUGGAAAAUGUGUGCAAAUGAUGACAAUAUAGUUGAGACGAUUCAGGUGAUUAAUGAAUACAAAAGUUGGUCAAAGAAAGAAAUAGGUUGAAAACGUUUAAAUACUUGGUCAUGUAGAGUAACGAUAUGUUAAACACAAUAGUGUAAAGUAAAAAAAAAAAAACUUUCUGGGUUAAAAAGGCCCGAUAUGUAAAUAUUGAUGAUGGAUGGACGCAUUAGAUAAAUAGCUAAAUAAUAAGUAAAUGUCUUUUUUUUUUUACAAUACUGCUUCUAUAAUCGUCCAUGAUGUAAGGGGUGAAGCACACUGUACAGUAUGUACCAUAAUAAUCUGUAUCAAAUAAUUUGUAUUACAAAUGACAAAGAUUCAUAUCACUUGCAUUGUUCUGUAAGGAUAUAUACUGUAUACGAAAUUGCUAUGUUCAGAUUACAAAAUGGUUGUCAGCCCUGUGUACUGCUUUCAGUGUUUAUACAUGUGUUUAAGUCAUUUCUGCUACUUGUCUUAAUGCUUUUUAUUGCCCAAAGUGUACUACAAAUUAAAUAAAGUUUCAAAUGCUUUUAAA